AACAAAUUAAGUGAGAAACCCAGAGUGUUUGGAAUUGGAGAGGAGGAAUUCUGGAGCUCUCAAAAGCAAUACAUAUGCCUUGCUUCUCAACUAUAUUUGCAGGAAAAGGAACCCACGAGGAGUCAAUCAUUGACAUUUCAUUAUUGGAGGAAUCUGAAUUAUGGUCAGAGUGCUGCAUCUACAGGGUUCCCAAGAAACUUCGUGAGGUAAAAGAAGAUGCCUACACUCCUAAGUUAGUUUCAAUAGGCCCAUUUCAUCAUGAUCUAGAAGAAUUGUGGGGUGUGAAAAUACAAAAACAGAUAUAUUUGAAGAAAUUCUGUUCUAGGACCAGGAAGAGCGAAAGGGAUCUUGAAAGCAUAAUUGAAAGCAACAAAGAACAAAUAGCUCGUAGCUAUUCAGAGACCAGCUUUAAACUCAACAGUAAAGAGUUUGUUGCAAAGAUUUUAUUGGAUGCCAUCUUUAUCAUUGAGCUUUUCCUUAGGAAUUUUGAGCGCGAAAAAAAUGAAAAAUUAGAUUAUAUAUUGAGUAAUGCGUGGAUAGAAUCACACAUAAAGCAAGACAUGAUAUUAUUGGAGAAUCAGCUUCCGCUUAGGUUUCUUCAAAAGCUCUAUAAGUUUGCCUUUGAUGGAAAUGAAGCUACUCCCUUUCUUAAGCUUGCCUGUCAGUUCUUCUUCUCGGGUAAGCACAGAAUACCUAUGGAUGAGGAAGUAAAACAUUUCACUGAUUUGCAUAGAAUGUUUUAUUGUCCUACAAAUCCAAAAGCUCAUCCCCAAAAACGAACUGAACAUCUAAGAUAUACAGCCACAAAGCUUGAUGAGGCAGGAUUGGAGUUCAAAGCAUUAGAAGACAUAGAUUUCUGUAAGAAAUCUUUGCUUGACAUAGAGUUCUCUAAGGAUAAGUGCUUGGAACGCUAUCCAUGCUUCAAUCUCUCAUGGCUCUUCUCUUGCUUACCAUACUUGAGAUCCUUCCGUUGCUUCAAGAGUGUGCAAUGUAUCUUGAAAGUCCCACAACUUGUGAUAGACGAUCAAACUGAAGCUCUUUUCCGAAACCUCAUGGCCUUGGAGCAGUGUCAUUAUCCAUCAAAGACAUAUAUUUGCAAUUAUGUUUUGCUAAUGGAUUGUCUUAUUACUACCAAAUCAGAUGUGUGUUUGCUUGUUGAGAAGAAGGUGAUUGUCAACAGGCGCGGUAGCAGCACAGAAGUGACUACUCUGAUCAACAAACUUGGCCACAUGAUUGUUGAACCUGAAUCUUGUUACCAUGAUCUCUAUAAACGGCUUAAUGACCAUUGUGACAACUAUUGGAACCGUCUCGUGGCGUCUCUGACAAGUGUGUAUUUUCGUGAUUUUUGGAGAGGCACCGCAACUAUUGCUGGAAUUCUGGUCCUGCUUUUUACUUUCGGCAACUUCCUUAGACCUUUUCUCAUGAAGCAUUAAUGAAACAUCUGUGAUUUUGUGUUUGUGGGAGUGCUUUGCUUUUUGCUCUAAAGGAUUGCAUAUGAACUUUGUAAUUAAUAAUUUUUAGCUUGUGAUUUUCAUUUGUAAGUUUGUCACAUUGUUUUAGUAUCUUAUGACAUAUCCUAAUGAAGUACGUAUUUCAGAAAUAA